AUGUCAAACAAUAUGACAGACAGACUGAAAUACCAAGAGGACGAGGAUGCUGAGAGUGCUGAGAAACUCAACCCAACAGUGGAACGGACUUUCGAAGAUGCAUUUGAACAAACAGGACACGGCAGACUGAACCACCUGGUGCUGUUCACCAGCGGUCUGAUAAUGCUGAACGUCUCCAUGGAGUCUGUAGGCAUGAGCUAUGCCAUCACAGCAGCAGAGUGCGAGCUGCAACUCACCAGCAAAGACAAAGGGCUGGUUAACGCUGCUGCUUUUAUUGGUAUAAUCAGUACCUCCUUCCUAUGGGGUUACCUGGGAGACAGGAUCGGUCGCCGUGCAGUGAUGUUGCCCGCUAUCCUUUUGUCUGCCGUCUUCUCCAUCAUCUCCUCGUUCGCCACCAACGUCUGGAUGCUCCUGGUCUUCAGAUUCCUCACUGGAUGCUUGAUAUCAGCGUCCAGUGCGACAGUGUACGCGUACCUGGGAGAGAUGCAUGCGAACUCCAAGCGAGCUGCAGCCAUAGCGUGGAGCUCGGCCUUCAUCUCCUUCUCCUUCAUCAUAUUGCCAGGUCUAGCCUGGAUAAUAAUACCAGGAAAAUGGUCAUUCAGCUUCGCUUACAUGGAGAUAGUCCCUUGGCGGGCCUUCGUCUGGUCGUGGUGUGCCCCUGGGUUGGCUGCGGCAGUCAUCCUGCUGUUCCUACCUGAAAGUCCUCGGUACCUCCUCGCUGCUAAGGGCCCUGAUGCUGCCUUGCCAGUCUUGGCUAUGAUGUACGCCUGGAACAAUAAAGGGCAGACCAUGGAAGAUUUUCCUGUGAAGCAGCUGAUCACAGGCAGUGAGGAGGUGAAGGUGGGAGGGUUUGCAGGUGCUGUGAAGAAUGUUGGCCUCAUGUUCAAGGUGCCGCUCUUGCGCUGUGUCUUUAUAUCACACAUCUCCAUGUUUGCAGUGUUCAUGGUAUCGAGUGGUCUUUACGUGUGGGUCCCAGAUAUACUAAACAGUAUUUUGAGAAGUAAUACCAAUAAGAGUAUCACGAUAUGUCAGAUUAUACAUGACAAAUUCGUAAAUGCAAGCCUGCACAGUGAAUCAGCGGCCUGCGAGUCGGAGGUGUCAGUGGCAGUGUUCCCGAUCUCCAUGUCCAUGGGGGCUGUGUUCGCCCUCACAUACCUCGCCAUAGGGUUCCUCAUCAACAAGGUUGGCAAGAAAACGUUAUACAGUGGUAUAAUGUUUAUCUGUGGCAUCGCGACGAUUGGAGCAGCGUUCGUACCCGAGGGUAUAGCGGCGACGGUGCUGCUCAUCAUCAGCCUGUGCUCAGGGUGUGCGGCCUCCAUCCUGGCGGCUAUUGCCGUCGAUGUGUUCCCUACGCAGUUGAGGGCUAUGGCGAUGUGUGUGAUGUACAUGGUGGGCCGGACGGGUGCAGCUGUCGGCUCCAACUUCCUGGGGGCCACUCUAGACCUGCACUGCCACGAGGCCUUCGCUGCUUUCGGAGUCUUUACUGCUGGAUCAACAAUUCUUAUGAUCUUCUGGCCAGAUCCUAGGCAAGUGAGACAACAACUUGAAGAGAAAGGAUUCACAUACUAA